AUGUUAAAAUACAAACACCUACUGAAAAUUUCAAGAGCCUGUGAGGCAAGUGUCUUUAGGUCCUCUAAGUUUAGGUCGGAUGCAAUCCGCCGUUACGGUUCUACCGUGUCAAAAUCCAAGUCGUUCGAACAAGACUCGAGAGAACGCACAAAGUCAUGGACAGCUUUGAGCAUUGGCGCAAUCUUGGCUGCUGCUAGCUCAAUGGCGUAUCUAAACUGGUGUAAUGGCGAAAUAGGGAAUGAACCGAAACUGGACAUGAACAAGCAAAAAAUUUCGCCCGCAGAAGUUGCCAAACAUAACAAGCCCGAUGAUUGUUGGGUCGUAAUCAAUGGUUACGUGUAUGAUCUAACACGAUUCCUGCCAAAUCAUCCAGGUGGUCAGGAUGUUAUCAAAUUUAAUGCUGGGAAAGAUGUCACGGCUAUUUUUGAGCCAUUACAUGCUCCUAAUGUAAUCGAUAAGUAUAUUGCACCUGAAAAGAAACUUGGUCCUUUACAAGGGUCAAUGCCACCAGAACUAGUUUGUCCACCCUAUGCUCCCGGUGAAACCAAGGAAGACAUUGCUAGGAAAGAACAACUAAAAUCGCUGUUGCCUCCUCUAGACAAUAUCAUCAAUCUUUACGACUUUGAAUACUUGGCCUCACAAACUUUGACUAAACAGGCAUGGGCAUACUAUUCCUCGGGUGCCAAUGAUGAAGUCACCCAUCGAGAAAAUCAUAACGCAUAUCACAGGAUCUUUUUCAAACCAAAGAUCCUGGUAGAUGUAAGUAAAGUGGAUAUUUCGACCGACAUGUUGGGCUCCCAUGUGGAUGUUCCCUUCUAUGUGUCUGCCACAGCGUUGUGUAAACUAGGGAAUCCGCUAGAAGGUGAGAAAGAUGUUGCUAGAGGCUGUGGCCAAGGUAUAACGAAAGUCCCACAAAUGAUAUCUACUUUGGCUUCAUGCUCUCCUGAGGAAAUUAUCGAAGCAGCACCAUCUGAUAAACAGAUUCAAUGGUACCAACUAUAUGUUAACUCUGAUAGAAAGAUCACGGACGAUUUGGUUAAGAAUGUAGAAAAAUUGGGCGUAAAGGCGUUGUUUGUCACUGUGGAUGCACCAAGUUUAGGUCAAAGGGAGAAAGAUAUGAAGUUGAAAUUUUCUAAUUCAAAGGCUGGUCCAAAGGCAAUGAAGAAAACAGACGUAGAAGAAUCACAAGGUGCUUCAAGAGCAUUAUCAAAGUUUAUUGACCCCUCUUUGACUUGGAAGGACAUUGAAGAGUUGAAGUCCAAGACAAAGCUACCUAUUGUCAUCAAAGGUGUUCAGCGCACUGAAGACGUUAUUAAGGCAGCAGAAAUUGGUGUGAGUGGUGUGGUCCUAUCCAACCAUGGAGGUAGACAGUUAGAUUUUUCAAGGGCUCCCAUUGAAGUCUUAGCUGAAACCAUGCCAAUUUUGGAAAAACGUAACUUGAAGGAUAAAUUGGAAGUUUACGUGGACGGUGGUGUUCGUCGUGGUACAGAUAUCUUGAAAGCGUUAUGUCUAGGUGCUAAAGGUGUUGGUUUGGGUAGACCAUUCUUGUAUGCCAAUUCAUGUUAUGGUCGCGAUGGUGUCGAAAAAGCCAUUCAAAUUUUGAGAGAUGAAGUCGAGAUGUCUAUGAGACUAUUGGGUGUAAAUAGCAUUGCGGAAUUGAAGCCGGAUCUAUUAGAUUUAUCCACAUUAAAAGCGAGAUCAGUGGCAGUGCCAAAUGACGUCCUUUAUAAUGAGGUUUAUGAAGGUCCUACUUUAACUGAUUUUCAGGACGCAUAA